AUGGUCAUCUCAAUGUGAAGACCGGCAUUGCCGUUAUUACGAAAUCGAUAUCGGCGUCCUAUCAACGAGAGAAGAUUUUAGCAGCAAGCCCUGGAUACAUAAGACUCAUAAAGGGACAGGUUCCCAUAGGAUAGAAUUUUCAAUUUCUUGCAUAUGUGCUGUGUUGUGAAAAUCAACUGCUUCUCAAUAUGUUGACGGCUCUCUUCACUCUUGGCUACGUAGCUUAUGCUACCGCCCAUGGAACUCACGAUAACCAAAAGACACUCUCUGGACCUCAUCAGUCAUUGUGGUAUAACACUCUACCUGGAGAUGGCGGGACACAGGCCGACUCGGUAUUCUCUGGAAUUACAACCUUUGGACGCCUGCCGUACCAGCCUUGCCUAGGUCACGACGACAUAGACUAUGAUCUCGCCUUCAUUGGUGCUCCUUUUGAUACCGGUACUUCGUACCGACCUGGUGCACGAUUCGGUCCCUCAGGUAUCCGUCAGGGAUCUCGACGUCUAAAUCUCUACGGCGGUUACAACGUCCCCUUGGAAACAAACCCCUUUAACUCAUGGGCGAAGGUUCUCGACUGCGGAGACAUCCCAGUGACAUCUUAUGACAACGAAUGGGCUCUCAAGCAAAUUGAAGAAGGCCACUACAACAUCCUGUCUCGUGCCCCCAAGACAGCUGCGGACCAGCGCGGCCCGGCUAAGAAGGGAAAGACUCUACCACGAGUCAUCACCCUUGGUGGAGACCACACCAUCACCCUUCCUCUCCUCCGCUCCAUCAACCGAGCGUACGGCCCGGUCUCCGUCAUCCACUUCGACAGCCAUCUAGACACCUGGCGCCCCAAGGUCUUCGGCGGCUCGCCCUCCGAAGUCGCCAGCAUCAACCACGGGACGUACUUCUACCACGCGGCGCAAGAGGGCCUGCUGGCGAACGACACCAACAUCCACGCGGGGAUCCGGACGACGCUCAGCGGACCCUCGGACUACGCCAACGACGGGUACUGCGGGUUCGCGAUCGUGGAGGCGCGCGAGGUCGACACCAUCGGCACCGACGGCAUCAUCAAGAAGAUCCUCGACCGCGUCGGCACCACGAACCCGGUCUACCUGUCCGUCGACAUCGACACCCUCGACCCGGCCUUCGCGCCCGCGACGGGUACCCCCGAGACCGGCGGCUGGAGCACGCGGGAGCUGAGGACGAUUCUGAGGGGCUUGGAGAGUGUUAAUUUGAUUGGUGCGGAUAUUGUUGAGGUUGCUCCCGCCUACGACACGAAUGCUGAGCACACCACCAUGGCUGCUGCGGAUGCGUUGUACGAGAUCAUGAGUAUCAUGCUCAAGAAGGGACCCCUUAGCAACAUGGUUGCCAACCAGGACGAAGAGCUAUAAGCUCGACCGAACUCAUCGGGAUCAGUUCAAACGAAUCUAUUAGGCAGUGUUGUGUUGGGCGAAGCAGGAGUGAGUGUAUCAGCAUGGUAUGGUGUUUAGGGUAGGGGAGUGAAUGACAGCGAAUUAAGGGGUAAAAGGGUGGGAAGGGGCGUUAUGAUGAGGAGUCUA